AUGUCAGUAGUUGCUAAAACAGUUACCCAUGAUUCCAUUGAAAUUUUGAUGUCAAAACAAAACUAUUUAACUGGUAAGGAAACUUGUAAAUUUAAAUAUAAGUGGACAAUUGAAAACUUCAGUCAGUUAGCCAUAACAGAAGCAAUUACAUCACCAAGUUUUUCAUCUCAUCAUUCUGAUUUUGGCGAUGAAUGGAUUUUGGAAAUAAAUCAAAAUGAAGCAACCGCUUCAGAUGACGAUUCUGAAUCUGAUGAUGACAGUUCUGAUUCUGAAUCUGACGAUACUGAAUCUGACGAUCCUGACUCUGACGAUGCUGAAUCAGUCAACGGAUACGUGUCGAUGGAGCUACAACUUCAAUCAUUCCAUGCAUUAAAAAAUCCUCUACAAUUAUUACAAGCAAAAUGUAAAUUAUCAAUUGAGGGAAGACAAACAAUAACUAAAGAACACUGUUUCAAUAAUAUCCAUGAAAAAAUUUCGUAUGAUAAAUAUAUUUCAAGAUCAAAGUUGUUGGAUCUAUCGAAUAGAUACUUAAAAAAUGAUAAACUGAAAAUUUGUUGUACAAUAACAAUGUCUAAAAAAAUAACAAAAAAUUCUGCUGUAGUUUCAACAUUAAAUUCAACAUCACAAUGGAGUGAAGACUGGAAAAAACUUUUGUUGAAUAAGCUAUCAGCUGAUGUUACCAUUCAAGUGGGUCAAAAAUCAUUUCAUGCAAUCAAAGGAAUUCUUGCAGUUGAUCAUCUUAAAAAUAUUUGUGAAGACGUAAUUGGUAAAAUGAUAAACUUUGAUAAUGUUGCAAGUAUACUUGUUUGUUCUGAUACAUAUAAUCUUAAAAAACUAAAUCAAGCGUGUUCAAAAUUUAUGAAAAAAAAUUUACAAGUUAUAUUGUUAAAUGAGAAUUUUAAAGUUUACAAAGAAAAACAUCCUAAAGUUUUUGUAAGUUUUUUUGAAGAGUUGCUGUUGUCAGCAAAAUCAUUUAGAUAA